ACCGGUUGGCGAUGCCGGGUGGAUGGGAACAAACUUCAGAAGGAGGAGAGACACGGGGCCCAGGGCACCCUCGCGGGCGGACCCAGGCAGUGAGGGCCUGCAGCCGGCCGGCCAGGGCAGCGGCAGGCGCGGCCCGGACCUGCGUGAGUAAGCCCAGAGCCCUCGGCGGGCUGCGAGCGACUCCCCGGCGAUGCCUCACAACUCCAUCAGAUCUGGCCAUGGAGGGCUGAACCAGCUGGGAGGGGCCUUUGUGAACGGCAGACCCCUGCCAGAAGUGGUCCGCCAGCGCAUUGUAGACCUGGCCCACCAGGGUGUGAGGCCCUGUGACAUCUCUCGCCAGCUCCGCGUCAGCCAUGGCUGCGUCAGCAAGAUCCUCGGCAGUAGGUACUACGAGACUGGCAGCAUCCGUCCUGGAGUGAUAGGGGGCUCCAAGCCCAAGGUGGCCACCCCCAAGGUGGUGGAGAAGAUUGGGGACUACAAACGCCAGAACCCUACCAUGUUUGCCUGGGAGAUCCGAGACCGGCUCCUGGCUGAGGGCGUCUGUGACAAUGACACUGUGCCCAGUGUCAGUUCCAUUAAUAGAAUCAUCCGGACCAAAGUGCAGCAACCAUUCAACCUCCCUAUGGACAGCUGCGUGGCCACCAAGUCCCUGAGCCCCGGACACACGCUGAUCCCCAGCUCAGCUGUAACUCCUCCAGAGUCACCCCAGUCGGAUUCCCUGGGCUCCACCUACUCCAUCAAUGGGCUCCUGGGCAUCGCUCAGCCUGGCAGUGACAAGAGGAAAAUGGAUGACAGUGAUCAGGAUAGCUGCCGGCUGAGCAUCGACUCACAGAGCAGCAGCAGCGGACCCCGAAAGCACCUUCGCACAGACGCCUUCAGCCAGCACCACCUCGAGCCACUCGAGUGCCCAUUUGAGCGGCAGCACUACCCGGAGGCCUAUGCCUCCCCCAGCCACACCAAAGGCGAGCAGGGCCUCUACCCGCUGCCCUUGCUCAACAGCAGCCUGGACGACGGGAAGGCCACCCUGACCCCUUCCAACACGCCCUUGGGGCGCAACCUGUCGACUCACCAGACCUACCCUGUGGUGGCAGAUCCUCAUUCACCCUUCGCCAUAAAGCAGGAAACCCCCGAGGUGUCCAGUUCUAGCUCCACCCCUUCCUCUUUAUCUAGCUCCGCCUUUUUGGAUCUGCAGCAAGUCGGCUCCGGGGUCCCAGCCGGUGCCUCGGUCCCGCCCUUCAAUGCCUUUCCCCAUGCUGCCUCCGUGUACGGGCAGUUCACGGGCCAGGCCCUCCUCUCAGGGCGAGAGAUGGUGGGGCCCACGCUGCCCGGAUACCCACCCCACAUCCCCACCAGCGGACAGGGCAGCUAUGCCUCCUCUGCCAUCGCAGGCAUGGUGGCAGGAAGUGAAUACUCUGGCAAUGCCUAUGGCCACACCCCCUACUCCUCCUACAGCGAGGCCUGGCGCUUCCCCAACUCCAGCUUGCUGAGUUCCCCAUAUUAUUACAGUUCCACAUCAAGGCCGAGCGCACCGCCCACCACUGCCACGGCCUUUGACCAUCUGUAGUUACCAUGGGGACAGUGGGAGCGACUGAGCAACAGGAGGACUCGGCCUGGGACAGGCCCCAGAGAGUCACACAAAGGAUCUUUAUUUAUUACAUGAAAAAUAACCACAAGUCCAGCAUUGCGGCACACUCCCUGUGUGGUUAAUUUAAUGAACCAUGAAAGACAGGAUGACCUUGGAGAAGGCCAAACUGUCCUCCGAGACUCCUUAAUGAGGGGCAGGAGUCCCAGGGAAAGAGAACCAUGCCAUGCUGAAAAAGACAAAAUUGAAGAAGAAACGUAGCCCCCAGCUGGUACCCACCAAAGGAGAGAAGAAGGAAUAGCCAAGGAACUUGGGGGGAUGGCGAAUGGUUCCUGCCUGGGCCCAAGGGGUACACAGGGCACCUCCAUGGCUCCAUUAUUAACACAACUCUAGCAAUUAUGGACCGUAAGCACUUCCCUCCAGCCCACAAGUCACAGCCUGGUGCUGAGGCUCUCCUCACCAGCCACCCAGGGAGUAGUCACCUCCCUCAGCCUCCCGCCUGCCCCACACGGAGGCUCUAACUGUCCUCUUUCUCCACAUCAUUUGCUUGGCUCUUUCUACACCUCCCUCUUGGGCAUGGGCUGGCUGAAGGCUGGGGCGAGUCCCUCAGAAAUUCCACCAGGCUGUCAGCUGACUUCUUUUGCCUGCUGCUGUGAAGGUACAGCACCACCCCAGGUCCUCCUGCAGUGGGGCAUCCCCUUUGCAGCUGCCAUCAGCUGGACCAGCCCCAGGCAGCUUAAAACAGACAUUCCACAGGGCCUGGGUGCCUGGGAGGUGAGGCGUGGUGUGCGGCUUCACCCAGGGCAGAGCAAGGCAGAAUUGCAGGAAACUCGCUUCCCCUUCCCGACAGCUCCUGCCAAGCCCAGUGUGCUUCCUGCAGCUCACGCCCACCAGCUACUGAAGAGACCCAAGGCACCCCCUGAAGCCAACAAUACAGGGUCCCUCUCUGCUCCCCAGCAGCUCCUGCCCCCAAGGCCUGACUGUAUAUACUGUAAAUGAAACUUUGUUUGGGUCAAGCUUCCUUCUUUCCACCCCCAGACUUUGGCCUCUGAGUGAAAUGUCUCUCUUUGCCAUGUGGGGCUUCUCUCCUUGAUGCUUCUUUCUUUUUUUAAAAGACAACCUGCCAUUACCACAUGACUCAAUAAACCAUUGCUCUUCA